ACUCAGGCGGAGGCUGCAGAAGCCUAUAACCUGGGUUGUGGUAAACAUCUUAGAUGUUCUUCAGUGAGAGGGUUAUAAUGUACAGCUUUCUACGAUAUAGGAUGACGAUGGUUUUAUCUGGUGCAAUUUGAUAACGGCGGUCAAAUGGGAUUUUCGUAGGAAUUAAGGGCCCUGAUAUUGCUUAAAAUCGUCAGGUUGGUGAUAACAAGGGAACCAUGUCAACACCACUGUCUGCCAUUUUCUUUCUGCUUGAAUCAAAACACCAACAUCCUCCACCACCUGCCAAGUAGUGAUGGUGAGAUCCUGCAGCAUAUCUAGCUAGCUGACGGCAUGAGAGUCAACGAAACUAGCGGCCUCGAGCUCAGAAUCACAUGCUGGCAGAGCACAAGUGUUUGCGAGAUAAACAGAGGCAGUGCUGCUUACAGCAACACUGAUAAGCCAAUGCAGAAACCAUAUGCCCAUAUUUUCUCAAUUUUAUUGGACCUGGCUUGCAGCCUGAAUCUUAUUUUUUUACUGGAUGAAAUGUGUAUAUUAUAGUGUAAGUGGUGUCAGAAAUGCAGUGAUUGGACUUUUAAACCUACACUUGUGAAAUCAGCCAGCUCAACAACCACAAAACACAAUGGCUUCCGGUGACCACAAAGAGACAGGGAAUGAACUGUCAGAACACCUUCAAAUGGAUCAUGAGUUGAGUCAAAAUCAGGACCCUGCUGGGACUAACUUCAAGUCCAAAAGUUUGCCCUCUCUGAAUGACUCAGGCCAGCAAAGCAAGACCUUGUUGACUAAGUCAAUGCAGCAACAGGUGUCAAUAACGGAGGACAAGAGUACUGAAUUCAUCCAACUCCCACAGAGGAUCAACCUGAACCAACCUUUACCUGAAUCCCCCACCAGGACUAAUGUUUACUAUUCCCCUUCCAGGUCUAGUGUGGUGGGGAUGAGUCGUUCAAUUAAAAAUCCUACGAGGCAAGGCUUCAUUGCCUCGAGACUACCCCUGAUGCGUUUACCCACUAGGAAAUACAUGAGUGUGAUUCUCGAAGACUCACGCUGUUUUUUAUGCUGCAUGUGCUACCUGACAUUUUUCCAGUCACUGAUGGUGUCUGGCUACCUUAGCAGUGUAAUCACCACCAUAGAGAAGAGGUACAGCCUCCGGAGCUCUGAGUCUGGUCUGCUCGUCAGCUGCUUUGACAUAGGUAGUCUGCUGGUGGUGGUUUUCAUCAGUUACUUCGGAGGCCGAGGGCAGAGGCCCAGAUGGUUGGCCGUGGGUGCAGUGUUUAUAGCCGUCGGAGCAGCACUCUUCUCCUUGCCUCACUUCAUCUCCCCUCCGUACCAAAUCCUGGAGGUGAACUCAUCACGGGGCAAUGAAGGCCUGUGUAUGAACAACAACGGCAGUGGCAAGGACUUCCUGGAUUUGUCCUCCUGCCCCAGAGACCAAGAGGGUAAUGGACACAACCUGUACGUGGCCCUAUUUAUCAUAGCACAGAUUCUGGUGGGUAUGGGGUCAACGCCCAUCUACACCCUGGGACCCACCUACCUGGACGACAACGUCAAGAAAGAGAACGCCUCACUUUAUCUUGCUGUCAUGUAUGUGAUGGGAGCCCUGGGUCCGGCUGCUGGGUACCUGCUAGGAGGAGUUCUCAUCGGCUUCUACGUCGACCCCAAGACUGUGGUCAACAUAGAUCAGAGCGACCCUCGCUUUAUUGGCAACUGGUGGAGCGGAUUCCUGCUCUGUUCUGUCGCCAUGCUGCUGGUCAUCUUCCCCAUGUUCACCUUCCCCAAGAAGCUGCCUCCCAGAAACAACAAGAAGAAGAAGAGGAAAAAGAUCAGCCUGGACAACGUGUCCAGUGAUGAUGAGAUCACCAAGGAGAAGACCAACAGCAAGAGCCAGACAGUUACAUCGUCCAUGGGCUUUGGGAAAGACAUCAAAGAGCUGCCUAAGGCUGCAGUGAGGAUCCUGAGUAAUGUCACCUUCCUGUUUGUGAGCCUGUCCUACACUGCAGAGAGCGCCAUCGUCACCGCCUUCAUCACCUUCAUACCCAAGUUCAUAGAGUCUCAGUUCGGCAUCCCAGCGUCCAGCGCUAGUAUCUACACAGGUGUGAUCAUCGUGCCCAGUGCUGGGGUGGGGAUAGUACUGGGGGGCUACAUCAUUAAGAAGCUGAAGCUGGGAGCCAGAGAGUCAGCCAAGCUGGCCAUGAUCUGUAGUGGGGUCUCUCUGCUCUGCUUCUCUACUCUGUUCAUAGUGGGCUGUGAGAGCAUCAACCUGGGAGGCAUCAACAUUCCAUACACCACCGGUCCUACUCUGACUAUGACCCAUCGUAACCUGACUGGAGGGUGUAACGUGAACUGUGGCUGUAAGAUCCAUGAGUACGCUCCGGUCUGUGGCUCUGAUGGCAUCACAUACUUUAACCCCUGCCUGGCAGGCUGUAGCAGUGUGGGCAACAACAGCAAAGGAAUCCGGAACUACUCGGACUGUGCGUGUGUCCAGAGCAGACAGGUCAUCACCCCCUCCUCCAACGGCCAGGUCAACCAGCUGCAGCUGGUCAUCGUCAAGACCUACCUGAAUGAGAACGGCUACGCAGUGUCUGGGAAGUGUGACCGCACCUGCAGCACACUCAUCCCCUUCCUCAUCUUCCUAUUCAUCGUCACACUCAUCACCGCCUGCGCUCAGCCCUCCGCCAUUAUCGUCACUCUCAGGUCAGUAGAAGAGCAGGAGAGACCCUUUGCACUUGGGAUGCAGUUUGUUCUCCUCAGGACCCUUGCCUAUAUCCCUACUCCCAUCUACUUUGGGGCCGUGAUCGACACAACCUGUAUGCUGUGGCAGCAGGACUGUGGCAUCCACGGCUCCUGCUGGGAGUACGAUGUCACGUCCUUCCGCUUCGUCUACUUUGGCCUGGCUGCCAGCCUCAAGUUCAUUGGCUUUAUCUUCAUCUUCCUCACCUGGUACUCCAUCAAGUACAAGGAAGAGCGUCUGGAGCGCUGGCUGAAACACCUCUCGCCCAUGGACACGGUCAGCGACCUCAUCUGCCACGCCGGGGGUCACAAGGGGCACGCCCGCACCCGCUCCUGUCCCGUAAAUAUACCACGCAACGAACCUCCCAUCAUUCCCAUCCUCAACAGGGGCCUCAGCAGCCAGAGCUGCCCGGGAAACAGCCUGAAGAGCUUGAAAGCAAUAACCCCGCCGGCCCCUCGCCCUCCCACUCGCUCUCUGGAACAGGUGUCUGCCCAUAUCUGAGGGCUGGGUGUUGUUUCCAGCCCUCCCUGCUAGCAUCAGUCUUCAAUGUGUACCUUUCUCAUUCUGGUUCUCACUUGUAUAGUAUUAUAGUGUGCACACACACACACAGGCACUGGACGUCACUCAAACAGUCAGCGGUUGGUCAACACGUAUACAGGAAGACACUGGAAUGGAUACCUCGACUUAGCUAAUCCCCUCUUCCCUCUGCCUAGUUUUUUUGUGCUUUUUCGUUUUCAUCAUGGAAGUGAAUGAGUAUUAUCCCUGCAUAUCAUUUCUUUAGAAAAUUGCAAGUAUGAUUGUAAUGAUGGUAUUAUGGGAUGGUGCUAUGUGAAAAUGACAUGAAUAAUAUCCUUCAUUGCUCAGUUUUAUUGUUAAUUCUAAGACCUCAGCAGAAUGAGGUGAUUGAGCUAAGAAGCUUGGCCGGCUAGCACAACUAAAUCCUGUACUAUGCAAGGUCUUUUUGCCCUAUUAUACAAUGGCAAGCAGUAUUAAAGGCACACAGUGAGUGUUGCCUUCCCUUCCCAUACAAUGUGCAAACGUCAUUCAGUAAUGCCCCAGACCUGCGUGUAAUGAUGACUGGUUGACUUGGAAAGGAUAUUUUUGGAACAUUUGGAAUUGGAACCUCUUCUUCUGUAUUCUGUGGCAACCUCAUAGACAGGCCCACAAAUUCCUCCCUCGCCGUAGUUGUAGUUCAGACAGUUGGCUUGCAUCCCAAAUGGUUCCCUAAUACCUAUAUAGUGCAAUACAUUUGACAAGUACUCAUAUGUCUCUGGUCAAACGUAGUGCACUACAUGGGGAAUAGGGUGCCAUUUGGGACACCAGCUUAGUACACUCAUGAUGACUCCCCAAUUUUGCUUCAUGUACCAUGGGCUUUACAGAACAAAGGUGUAUUUUGCUUACCAGUCUCUAAGAACUUGUUUUAGACAAAGCUCCGGACCUGAUCCUAGAUCACCACUCCUACUUUAAGACUUGAUACAGAAGGCCCAUGAGCUGGAGGGCAACAAGAUUGUUGAAACAUUCAGGUAGCUUGUGGGUGGAACAUGCAAUAUAUUCAAGUACAUAUUGCUGUUAGUUUUGCAGGGUGUUUGAGGACACCUGCUGGUCAGAUGUGGUAAGCAAUAUUGUAGAAAGACAAAUUAAACUUUAGUGUUUUCCAAAGUAAAAUAACUAGGCAAUUAUUUGGUGGAAUAAUCUUAAUUUUCAGUUCAAUCUAACACUUUAAUGUUGGAAGUUAAAUUAUGCUUUUCUAUGUACCUAUGUUGAGUUUGGGCAGUUGGGAGAGCACUUACACGAUACAAUGUGGCAGUUGGGUUAAAGUUAAUAGCAUUAAAAGCUCUGGUUUGUGUUGCCUUUGGGAUAUUGUACUGAACUAAAAUAUAAACGCAACAAAUGAAAAUCAGAUUUAGUCACAUACUUACUUACUUAACCAACAAUGCAGUUCAAGAAAUGGAGUUAAGAAAAUAUUGACUAAAUAAACUAAAGUAAAAAUUAAAUUACAUGCAACAAUUUCAAUGAUUUUACUGAGUUACAGUUCACAUAAGAAAAUCGGUCAACUUAAAUAAAUUCAUUAUGCCCUAAUCUAUGGAUUUAACAUGACUGGGCAGGGGCACAGCCAUGGGUGGGCCUGGGAGGGAAUAGGCCCACCCACUGGGGAGCCAGGCCCAGCUAAUCAGAAUGAGUUUUCCCCCAUGAAAGGGCUUUAUUACAGACACAAAUACUCCUUGGUUUCAUCAGCUGCCCGGAUGGCUGGUCUCAGACGAUUCCGCAGGUGAAGAGGCCGGAUGUGGAGGUCUUGGGCUGGCGUGGUUACACGUGAUCUGUGGUUGUGAGGCCGGUCGGAAGUACUACCAAAUUCUCUAAAAUGACGUUGGAGGCAUUUUAUGGUAGAGAAAUGAACAUUCAAUUCUCUGGCAACAGCUCUGGUGGACAUUCCUGCAGUCAGCAUGUCAAUUGCACGCUACUUUAACUUGUUAGGCCGGUUGGUCUUUUAUUGUCCCCAGCACAGGGUGCACCUGUGUAAUGAUCAUGCUUCUUGAUAUGCCACAUCUGUAAAGUGGAUGGAUUAUUUUGGCAAAGGAGAAAUGCUCACUAACAGGGAUGUUAACAAAUUUGUGCACAACAUUUGAGAAGCUUUUUGUGCACAUGGAACAUUUUUGUGAUCUUAUUUCAGCCCAUGAAACAUGGGACCAACAAUUUACAUGUUGCGUUUUGUAUUUUUGUUCAGUAUAUAAGAUGUUGACGAUUUAAUAUGGAAAGUUACCAUAGCUCUUUAUAAUAAACGGAAUGAUUAAGUGAUUAUUCAAUGAUUAAACUGACAUUGCAAUGUUAUUCUAGAUGACCAUGUAUCUGCCAAUAGUAGUGACAGACAUAGGCUAAUUGGUGUAAUCAUUUUCAGUACUCAGUGGGAAAAUACACUAAAGGAUAGAAAUCACAAUUCUUGGUCAAACAUUACAUAUUAUUUCACAUGAAAUGCAGUGUAUGUAGUGCACAUUUAGGGGCAAAUGUAUUAUAUUUCUAGCUACAUUUUGAAUCAAGGAUGCUAACUUUAGUGUUAUUUAAUCCAAUGUUAUGUUUCUCAGUGCCUACUUUUCCUACUCAUUGAUUACAGUUGAGAUGGAUUAAUACGUCAGUGUUUAUUUCACCUUUUAUGCUAUAUUUUUAUUUGGAGAUUCUGAAAUGCUCUUGACUUCAAGUAAUGACACUAAAUGAUAUGACUGACUGGCUGAAGAAUUUAACUCUAGGACUUUUUGUUUACUUGCUGCCAUCAAUAGACCUUUUCAACCUGUACCUACAGUACCAGGAUGUUUGCUGCAGAAUUCCGGUAAUCUUGUGAUACUCCCCCUCAAACCUACUGUUCCUCUGGAGCGAGGAGCUCUCUCUUACCUCCUUGUGUAGUGCUGUCAUUGUAUGUGGCAUAAAACGAGGACUUGACCUGGAUGCUACGAUAAAGACUAUUUCAGGUAGAUUGUAGUUGUAUUGUUUUUAUUUCAAUUCAAAUGAGUGUUUAAUGACAAGUUAAUGGCUCAAUUAUAUGGUCAACAUCAUCAUAGGAAGAAAAAUUGAAAUUGUUUGCGGACACAAUGUUUACAAAUGCCUUGGAUACUUGAUCUCUGUCAAUAAAAAUGUGAAAAAUAAA